CUAUUGAAUGGACAUACAAAUAUAAAAAUAAAUUCAAUGUGACUUUAAAAAGCAAAAAAAUAGAUGAUAGUCAAAUAUUUUAAGUUGUUUUGUGAUUUUUACAAGUGAUACGUCAUACGGCGACUACAUAAAUAUAGCACAGAGCGUGAACAGAAACAGUGGUUGCUUGACUCUUGACAUUAACUUAUUAAAGCUUCAAAAUGAAACUGUCGAUUUUUGUGUUCCUAACAGCGGCUUACUUCGUGAACUCAGAGGAAUUUAUACCGUCCUACAUCACACCAUGCAACCUAAAAAAGAGUGAAUUCAAAAUAUGUGUGCGAGAUCAGAUAGAAAAAAGUCUGCCAUUAUUUGCUAAGGGAAUACCAGAACUCGGAGUGCCGUCUAUAGAUCCAGUGGACUUGAACGAUAUACUUAUUGAUGGAAAUGGUUUAAAAUUAACAUUCACAAAUGCGAAGAUGCACGGCCUCUCAAAGGUCUCCCUGAAGGAUUUGGACAUCGACAUCGGCGAAAAGGAAGAAAAAUUCACACUCAGUUUGAAAGGCAAUCUGAGCAUGACUUCGACUUACAACGCCGAUGGAAAAAUUUUAAUAUUACCAAUUAAAGGAGAUGGCGAUGCAGUUAUUGAAUGUCGAAACGUGGAAGUCGAGAUUAACAGCAAGUUGAUGCAUAUAAAUGAUAACAAGGGAGAACAUUUUAAACUAGCGACGCCACAUUACAAAUAUGAUAUCGAAUCAACCACUUUCGACUUAAGAAACCUGUUCAAUGGAAACAAACAACUUGCGGAAACAACCUUACAAUUCGCGAAUGAAAAUUGGCGACAGCUCAUGGAUGACCUCGCACCACCGGUCAUCAAGCAGAUAGCCAAAACUAUUGUUAAAGAUAUAAACAAAUUCUUCUCCAAGGUUCAAAUUUCCACUAUUGUCCAAGGUUAUAAACAGUAAUUAUUGUAUUGGUAUACUUUCUAUAGAGCGUACUUCGACUGCCUUUGGCUAUUAACGGAUUCGAUGAAUUUGUACCCACUUUAAAUACUUUUACUCUCCAAGUAAUAUACUUUAGGCAGCAUAGUUGGUCCAAGUGCGUUCUAUGGUUCAACCGAAUUCAUAUGAAUCUGUUAAGUUGGCAAACAAAAAAGUUUUAUGACUAAUGUCUUUGUUAUAAUUUAAAUAAAACUACGUAAAUGGAUGGACAUAUAUAUGCAUUUAGCAUUUUAUCUUCGCUUUUAGAGAUUUAGAGAGCUUUUCAGAAAUCGAAUCUUAACUGAGCGUCGUCUAGUAUAAUUUUCUGACGAAUACAAGUUUGACGUUUGAAUUGUUGUCAAUGUUCUUGUCAGGUAAUUGUACAAUACCAAGCAACAUUUUCCUUAAAAAGUUAUUGUGGUAAAACCAGCGUAGCAGUAUUAUAAAUAUAGAAAUCAACUCGUUUUAAUAUCUCACAGCAAGGUUCGGGUUAUUUCCGUUAAAGUUUUUAAAUGUCACAAGGAAAUGUCGUUUGGUAGAACGUAUCCAAAAUAUUUA